AUGACGACCCACGUCACCCUGGAAGAUGCCCUGUCCAAUGUGGACCUGCUGGAAGAGCUGCCCCUCCCUGACCAGCAGCCAUGCAUCGAGCCUCCACCUUCGUCCAUCAUGUACCAGGCUAACUUUGACACCAACUUCGAGGACAGGAAUGCAUUUGUCACGGGCAUUGCAAGGUACAUCGAACAGGCUACAGUCCACUCCAGCAUGAAUGAAAUGCUGGAGGAAGGACACGAGUAUGCCGUCAUGCUGUACACCUGGCGCAGCUGUUCCCGGGCCAUCCCCCAGGUGAAAUGCAACGAGCAGCCCAACCGGGUGGAGAUAUACGAGAAGACGGUGGAGGUGCUGGAGCCGGAGGUCACCAAGCUCAUGAAGUUUAUGUACUUCCAGCGCAAGGCCAUCGAGCGGUUCUGCAGCGAGGUGAAGCGGCUGUGCCACGCCGAGCGGAGGAAGGACUUCGUCUCCGAGGCCUACCUCCUGACGCUGGGCAAGUUCAUCAACAUGUUCGCCGUCCUGGACGAGCUGAAGAACAUGAAGUGCAGCGUCAAGAACGACCACUCUGCCUACAAGAGGGCGGCACAGUUCCUGAGGAAGAUGGCGGACCCCCAGUCCAUCCAGGAGUCACAGAACCUCUCCAUGUUCCUAGCCAACCACAACAGGAUCACCCAGUGUCUCCAUCAGCAACUGGAAGUGAUCCCAGGCUACGAGGAGCUGCUGGCGGACAUUGUCAACAUCUGCGUGGAUUACUACGAGAACAAGAUGUAUCUGACCCCCAGCGAGAAGCACAUGCUCCUCAAGGUGAUGGGUUUUGGUCUCUACCUGAUGGAUGGAAAUGUCAGUAACAUCUACAAGCUGGACGCCAAGAAGAGAAUCAACCUCAGUAAAAUCGAUAAGUUCUUUAAGCAGCUGCAGGUGGUGCCCCUAUUCGGCGACAUGCAGAUAGAGCUGGCCAGAUACAUUAAGACCAGUGCUCACUAUGAAGAGAACAAGUCCAAGUGGACCUGCACCCAGAGCAGCAUCAGCCCCCAGUACAAUAUCUGCGAGCAGAUGGUUCAGAUCCGAGAUGACCACAUCCGCUUCAUCUCCGAACUUGCUCGCUACAGCAACAGUGAGGUGGUGACGGGCUCGGGGCUGGACAGCCAGAAGUCGGACGAGGAGUAUCGCGAGCUCUUUGACCUGGCCCUGCGGGGCCUGCAGCUCUUAUCCAAGUGGAGCGCCCACGUCAUGGAGGUGUACUCCUGGAAGCUGGUUCACCCCACCGACAAGUUCUGUAACAAGGACUGCCCGGGCACGGCGGAGGAGUAUGAAAGAGCCACGCGUUACAACUACACCAGCGAGGAGAAGUUCGCCUUCGUGGAGGUGAUCGCCAUGAUCAAAGGCCUGCAGGUGCUCAUGGGCAGGAUGGAGAGCGUCUUCAACCAGGCCAUCCGGAACACCAUCUACGCGGCCCUGCAGGACUUCGCCCAGGUGACGCUGCGCGAGCCCCUGCGGCAGGCGGUGCGGAAGAAGAAGAACGUGCUGAUCAGUGUCCUGCAGGCAAUUCGGAAAACCAUCUGUGACUGGGAGGGCGGCCGAGAGCCCCCCAAUGACCCAUGCCUGAGAGGGGAGAAGGAUCCCAAAGGUGGAUUUGACAUCAAAGUGCCCCGGCGUGCUGUGGGGCCAUCCAGCACACAGCUGUACAUGGUGCGGACCAUGCUGGAAUCGCUCAUCGCAGACAAAAGUGGCUCCAAGAAGACCCUGAGGAGCAGCCUGGACGGCCCCAUUGUCCUCGCCAUCGAGGACUUCCACAAGCAGUCCUUCUUCUUCACGCACCUGCUCAACAUCAGUGAAGCCCUUCAGCAGUGCUGUGACCUCUCCCAGCUCUGGUUCCGAGAGUUCUUCCUGGAGCUGACCAUGGGCCGGCGGAUCCAGUUUCCCAUCGAGAUGUCCAUGCCCUGGAUCCUAACGGACCAUAUCCUGGAAACCAAAGAACCUUCCAUGAUGGAGUACGUCCUCUACCCGUUGGACCUGUACAACGACAGCGCCUACUAUGCUCUGACCAAGUUCAAAAAGCAGUUCCUGUACGACGAGAUCGAAGCCGAGGUGAAUCUGUGUUUUGAUCAGUUUGUCUACAAGCUGGCGGAUCAGAUCUUCGCUUACUACAAAGCCAUGGCCGGCAGUGUCCUGUUGGAUAAACGUUUUAGAGCCGAAUGUAAGAACUACGGAGUCAUCAUUCCGUACCCGCCGUCCAACCGCUACGAAACGCUGCUGAAACAAAGACACGUCCAGCUCCUGGGUAGAUCAAUUGACCUGAACAGACUCAUUACUCAGCGCAUCUCUGCUGCCAUGUACAAAUCCUUGGACCAGGCCAUCAGCCGCUUCGAGAGUGAGGACCUGACCUCCAUAGUGGAGCUGGAGUGGCUGCUGGAGAUCAACCGGCUCACACACCGGCUGCUGUGCAAGCACAUGACCCUGGACAGCUUCGACGCCAUGUUCCGGGAGGCCAACCACAACGUGUCCGCCCCGUACGGCCGCAUCACCCUGCACGUCUUCUGGGAGCUGAACUUCGACUUCCUCCCCAACUACUGCUACAAUGGAUCCACCAACCGUUUUGUCCGAACUGCCAUUCCUUUCACCCAAGAACCGCAAAGAGACAAACCCGCCAACGUCCAGCCUUAUUACCUCUAUGGGUCCAAGCCUCUCAACAUCGCCUACAGCCACAUCUACAGCUCCUACAGGAACUUUGUGGGGCCCCCUCAUUUCAAGACCAUCUGCAGACUCCUGGGCUACCAGGGCAUCGCCGUGGUCAUGGAGGAGCUGCUGAAGAUCGUCAAGAGCUUGCUCCAGGGGACCAUUCUCCAGUAUGUGAAAACACUGAUCGAAGUGAUGCCCAAGAUAUGCCGCUUGCCCCGGCAUGAGUAUGGCUCCCCAGGGAUCCUGGAGUUCUUCCACCACCAGUUGAAGGACAUCAUUGAGUACGCAGAGCUCAAAACAGACGUGUUCCAGAGCCUGAGGGAAGUGGGCAAUGCCAUCCUGUUCUGCCUGCUUAUAGAGCAAGCUCUGUCUCAGGAGGAAGUCUGUGAUUUGCUCCAUGCUGCACCCUUCCAAAAUAUCUUGCCGAGAGUCUACAUCAAAGAGGGGGAGCGUCUGGAAGUCCGGAUGAAACGCCUGGAAGCCAAGUAUGCCCCACUUCACCUGGUCCCUCUGAUAGAGCGGCUGGGGACCCCUCAGCAAAUCGCCAUCGCUCGGGAGGGUGACUUGCUGACCAAGGAACGGCUGUGCUGCGGCCUGUCCAUGUUCGAGGUCAUCCUGACCCGCAUUCGGAGCUACCUGCAGGACCCCAUCUGGCGGGGCCCGCCGCCCACCAAUGGCGUCAUGCACGUGGACGAGUGCGUGGAGUUCCACCGGCUGUGGAGUGCCAUGCAGUUCGUCUACUGCAUCCCCGUGGGGACCAAUGAGUUCACAGCCGAGCAGUGCUUUGGUGACGGCUUGAACUGGGCCGGCUGCUCCAUCAUCGUCCUGCUGGGCCAGCAGCGUCGCUUUGACCUGUUCGACUUCUGCUACCACCUGCUGAAAGUGCAGAGGCAGGACGGGAAGGACGAAAUCAUUAAGAAUGUGCCGCUGAAAAAAAUGGCAGACAGGAUCAGGAAGUACCAGAUCUUGAACAAUGAGGUUUUUGCCAUCCUGAACAAGUACAUGAAGUCCGUGGAGACAGACAGUUCCACCGUGGAGCACGUGCGCUGCUUCCAGCCGCCCAUCCACCAGUCCCUGGCCACCACCUGCUAG